GUUUCCAAUAUGACUAUGUGACAUGUGGAUCUACGCUUAAAAUUUACAACUCUUAUCAUAAUGUAAGACUGCAUUCACAUGAUGUUAAAUAUGGAUCAGGAAGUGGACAACAGUCAGUUACUGCAGUGGAAUCAUCAGAUGACCAUAACAGCUACUGGCAAGUGAAAGCUAAAACAGGAGCACAAUGUAUCAGAGGGCAGCCUAUCAAGUGUGGACAAACAAUUCGAUUAAUGCACUUACAAACUCGAAGAAAUUUACACAGUCAUCAUUUUGGUCGGCCAUUAUCGCAUAAUCUAGAAGUUAGUGCCUUUGGUGAAGCUGGUGAUGGCGAUGAGGGAGAUAAUUGGUCAAUAGUUUGUUCUGGAAAAUACUGGAACAGAAAAGAUAAAGUGAGGAUAAAGAACGUUGUUACAGAAUAUUACCUACAUGUGACAGGUGAUACUUACGGUCGUCCAAUCAAAAACCAGCGUGAGGUUUGCGGAUACUCUUCACCAAAUGAGUUAAACUACUGGCAAGCGAUGGAAGGAGUUUUUGUCACACCCUCGGAGGACCCUCAAGGCACGUUCAGGGGAGAUUUGAAUGCUCAUCAACACGCACACACAGAAUUAUGAUCUAUUUUUAGACACUCUAGGAUUUUAAUUUAAUUUUUUUC